CCUAAGUUGAGUCUAUAAAAGGAUUUGCUGCAGGGUGCAUCCCUCAUUUUCUCUGAGUCAUUCCCAGUCUGCCCCCUUGCCUGCAUACUUUAGCUAUCCAGAGAAUGCAUUCAGACCCCAAAUCUUAGUUUGGUCAGACCUUCCCCUAAUAUGGUGCUGGGAAGAUCAUACUCUGCAGGGAAGGAGGGGGCAGUGGGCUGAGACUCCCCCACAUUACAAGCAGAUACAGGACAGGAUUUUUAUCUCCCCAUCCCUGCUCCUCUCUCAGUCAGUAUUCAGCAUCCAGGGGACAGAGAGCAUCUUCCAGUAGCUAACUGUGAGUUGGAGGGUAUGUGAUGGUUGUGGGAUGGAUCCAUACUUUGCACUAAUAGAGAACAGAACUGCUUGGUAGAAAGAACUGAUCAGAGGUUCUAGAGAAAACAUGCACACAGAUUAGAACUCAGUCUAGAGGAUAGGAGAAUGUAUGCAGAUAGAAACAAACUUCUAGUAAAUAUAAGACUGACCUACUAAAUAACCCAGAAACUGCUGACAGAUACAAUGACCUAUAAGUGAAUUCAGUUUGAUGAUGCUUUGCAGCAGUUGUGGAAUGGGUUACCUGUCCUGCUCCUUACUGAUUGGAUACAGAGUGUUCUGAUUUAGAUUUCUGACAUCCAGGUGCAGACUCUGCAAUCUUUAUACAAAGACUCAGAGAGAUCUAUCUCUGCUUAAUGAGACAUCUGUGUUUGAGGAAUAAUGUACAGAUGUGAUGCUUAUCAAUAGCCCUGAUUAAUGGCAUUAAUUACCAGGUGAGCAGGGGUUUCUGUAGUUAGUUGAUAAUGAAGGAAAUAGAUGGCAGGAUGAUAACAAGAAAAUAAAAAUGUCUUAUAGAAUAUAGGAAUAUGUGUGAUGUUUACAUUCAGAGUACCAUUGAUCUCUAUGUAUGGGGCUCUGGGAGGGCAGAUGUGGCUGUUAUUAGGGAUGCUGUAAGGUAUGAGCUCAUUCUGUUAUUGUAGAAUUACUGGUUCCUGUAAAUGCUCUGUACAUAGUCCAAGUGAUUAAUGGUGAUCAAUGGAAUUAUUUUACACAGCUGUGCAUGUCACCAUAGGAUGCAUUGUCUUAUAAAUACCAUCUGCAGGUACCCUCAAUCCUGACAGUUAUACAGAUUUGGGACCUAUUUAAGACAAAAAGGUGAUCAAUUUAUUAUCUCGAUAAAGUGACAUAAAAUUGACGCAAACGUGCACUUUUAUACAGAAUCUACAACAAAAUAACUAAAAAUUAAUUAUUUUUUUUGUUAUUGAGCAGAUAGACAUGGAUAUACUCCUGGCACAAAGCUUUUUAUACAUAACCGCAUACCCCAAAUCUGUCUUAAAUGCAUCACGCUUCUUGAUGCAUUCUAUUUGUAACCCCUGUUGCUGCCUCCAGUCUGCCUUAGAGCAAAUUAGUUAAUUUCCUAAAAACAUGUUUGUCUGUUUUCUGUUGCGUUGCCCUGAAUGUGUUGUGUCAUACUUGUAAGUACACUCUAGAUAUAACAAUUGUUUGGUUUACCAGGUGCUCCAUAAUGCUGUGCCCUGGGCUACGACCACUAAUGGUCAUAAAAGCAGGCCGCAACAAGUGGUUAGCCAAUAGUUAUGGGAGUUCUACUCUAAAACUCUGUAUAGUCAGAGGCUGACCCUUUGUUUAUUACGGAACCUAAUAAUCCGCUCGCAAUAUUAUGGAUAUAAUUCCAGGUAGACCAUUAUGGCCUACAAUUUGCCAAUUUGACUUUUGUGCUCUCUGCAAUUUAUUGUUCAGGGAAUUAACUUCUGUUUUGUAAUCUGGAACAGCGCGGUUUGGUUUUUCAUGUUGACUGCCAAUAGUCUACGCCCCACUGCUUUGUCAACAGCAGGGAUUAUUUUAACGCUAUCUCUGACAGUAUAAUGUGAAGAUGUUACCAGGUUACGACAUUCGAGAGCUGUGGCUGUUAAAGAGGGGAUAUUUACAUAUUAUAGAAAACUACUUUCAAAUCGAAACGUGGAAACUCAUCAAGUGAUUGCAUUUAGACCAAUGGGUGGGCUGUCAACUUAUAGCCUAGGGGCCAAAUAUUAAUGAACGCCCCUUUUCUGAGCAUCAAUCUCACAGAUUUCAAUGUGGAUGGUGGUACGUGUGAUAUAUGGGUUUGACAGAUGGCGGCUGCUGGAGUUAUGGUGUGACAUCACAUAUCCCUCCAGCCUCCGGCUGUAUGACAUACACAGUAAUGAUGACGUGUUCACAGAGAGCUGUGCGUGCCAAGAGAGGUACACCCUGUUUCAGGUGACUGCCAUCAGUGAAUUUUAAGGUGACAGUAGGCAGUCUGAGAGCAUAGCAGACUUGGAGAACGUUUCCAGUUAGCCCACUAUAAUGCAGUCAUAAUAAAAGUGUAAUCCAAAAUAGUAUCUCUACCAAUCCUAUAUUAUUUAUAAGAGAUUGUAUCACAUAGAAAGAUAACAGCAAUUUUACAUUAAAUCAGGUAUCUGUAAAAGUAUGCACACAGACAAGGGCUAGCUAUUCUCUAACGUCACAAUUCAAUGUGAAUUUAAAAUUUGAGAUCAAACUUUUGUGAGUCAGCUCUGCUUUCUGCUCAGCUGCUCUGACGUUAAAUUUGAAAUUCUCUACAAUGGUCUAGUAGUGUAAUAAACCCAUUAUCUUUUAUUUUGUCGGCAAAGACAAGGUUUUGGAAAACAAGUCACUUUGCCAGCCGUCUAGUCAAUCUAACUUAGCUUUGAGUAUGAAUAUGUAUUUUUAUUUUUUCUGGAUUGCAACAACAUUGCCUUUAUUGGAUUAGUAUCAUGAGAUAUGGAUGAGAUGAAGAUUUUUUCCACAUUUGAAAAAAGAAUUGUGAAAUUUAGAAUAAAGUAAAAAUGUAUCAUUCUCUGUGGAGAAAGUCUACACUAAUUCUAAGUGUGAUUUCCAAGUUGUCUCUUCAUUAUCACUAUUCGGAUAUGAAAUCAUCAAAUUAAAUGACCCCAGGUUCACACUCUGUUUUUUGUGCAGUUCCCAACAGCCAUGGCCAACAAAGGUCCAUCUUACGGCAUGAGCCGCGAUAUACAAUCUCGUAUUGAGAAGAAGUAUGAUGAUGAACUUGAAGCGCGAUUGGUGCAGUGGAUCAAGAUUCAGUGUGGAAGUGAUGUUGGGUCGCCUGAUGAGCAAGGAAGACUUGGUUUUCAGCAGUGGCUAAAAAAUGGAGUGGUAAGGAUACCUACCUCUUUUCAGCGUCCAUCCCAUGUCUGUGUCUUGUGACCUGUAGUUGGACAUGAGGUUUAUUUAUCAAAAAUGUUAUUUCAGGAGACGGCCAAAUGGCACAUAUUAAAAAAUAGAGGAUAGGGCGCAAAUUGGAAAAAUCCAACAGAUUUAAUACAUUUUGCCAAAAAUGAGACAAAGUAUCAACGGUACUUUGAUAAAUCUCUCCUGUUAAGGUGUUGAUUUAAUAUUUUUGGAUACAAAUUUGAAAAAAAAAAAAAUGAAUCUAUUUUAAAAAAUUUUAAAUCUGAGUAACUGACUCCCGCUGCCAUUGUAAUAUAUAAUAAAUGUGGACACAGGCUUGAGGAAUGCCACUAAAAAGGUCCUCACAAAUAACACCAUCCUUUUGCUAUUUUGUAAAUAUUUGCAUAAGAGGAUGUCAGAUGAGGCACCACUCGAUAGGAGAGAUUCUUCUCAGGACGUACAGAUUUCAGUCUGUGAACGCAUUUUGUCCUUGUCACAUUCCUCUCUGGAUAGAUACAUUCAACCUUUGACACUAUUCCACCUGGAAGAUUCAUUGAUUCUGGCUAUAUCGUCCAUUUUACAAAGAAAAACAUCAUGUUACAAUACGUUGUCCAUGUAUCACUCUCUGGAAAUAUGGAUUUGUGUCCUUAUAUCCCUUUUCUACUCUAUCCACAGGCUCUUGGGGCAGUGAAAGGUGGAUUUAAUCCUUUGGAAACGCCUGUAACUUACUUUCUUCUGUCAACAGAUCCUCUCAAAGCUGAUCAACAGCCUGUAUCCCAAGGGAUCCCAACCAGUCAAGAUUCCCGAUCCUCCCCCCAGCAUGGUCUUCAAGCAAAUGGAGCAGGUGGCGCAGUUUCUGAAGGCAGCAGAGGAAUAUGGCGUGGUGAAAACAGACAUCUUCCAAACUGUAGACCUAUACGAAGGUAAAACAUGGUGUAGAGUAACCAUGUGAAUUUUCACAGAUGUGGAUAUUGAAUUUGAAUACUCAUGGAAGUAAAAAAAAAUUUAUUUACAUUUGAGAGCCAGGGGCCAGGACUGGGAGAUAAUAGAUAACCAUCAAUGGAACAUUCUAUAUCAGUUCAUCUUCAAGAUGUGAUAUUGGGGCCUGCAGGCUUGCAAAUGAAAACUGUGUCAUUACUGAGAAAUGGCACUUUUUACAUUUUGCAAUUCCCAUGCUCCUAGCAGCUUUGAUUCCGCCAUGUCCAUCUGACAGACCCUGCCUAGGGGCACUUGGAUUAAAAUAAAGUCUAUAAUCUUAUUUAUUUUACCUCUGGCUUCAGAAUUCUAAUAAUGCCGCUGCCAGACACUGGAUGUGAGCAUAGAGAAGCACUCGAUUGAUGGAUCACUGAUUACACCACAUGUGCUGUAUCUCUCAAAUGCUUCUCUGUCAGGAGCAUUUAGUUGGACAAACAUCAUUAAGCUUGAAUUAACACUACCAUGUCAGGAACACAAACGUAUGCCUAACAAUAUAAUGUUACACUGUUUAGGUAUUUCUCUUCCCACUCACCCAUUCCCCCUCCCCGAUAACAUGGGAAAGGUGUUUUUAUACAUUUUUGGGAUAUCACAAAACUGAGUUCUCUCAUCCAAUUGCAUCCUUUGCAAUAGGAAAGCAUAAGGAGGCUAUUUCACAAGCACAGCACAACCCAGAGAGUGGAGACGCGGAUUGCCAGUGCUGCACACUGUGCAGCAUUGACCAUGGAAGUACCUCUAGUGACCAUCUGAGUGACUGUCACUAGAGGUGUAGCUAGCCAGCAAUGUAAACACUGUCUUUUCUCCAGGACAUGACACCAAUACCACUACAUUAAGCUGUAGUGGUUCUGGUGACUAUAGUGUCCCUUUUAUGAUUUUACAGAGGAGUACAGCUGGGUACUUUCAACUUAUGCUGACCAGGGAAACCAUACGAAGCUUCCAAGCAAACAAACAAACGUUUACCUGUAAGUUUCAUUUGGAAUGUCAAGUUCCAGUAGAUGAGAUCCACCACAAUCCCAUUGUAAGCAAGAAACCUCCAAACUGCUCCGUAAACUCAGUAACCAUACCGUGGUUGCUCUCAGUGUAGGUUAAUAAUCCAAAUUAUGUUGCAUAUUAAUUAAUGCAUAUACUGUAUAAAGCAACAGUAGAUGCCGUGGGAGUUUUGUUUAACUAGAUUAGACAAAUAAGAAGGGAUUAGAAAACUGAAACAAAUAGUCUUUGUGCCUUCGAGUGUCAUUGGAAGAAAAGCACAUAAUAUAAAGUAGUGUGUAAAUGUCGAUAUUAAAUCUCCCAGAUUGUAGAAAACAAAAGCAAAACCUAAAACGGCAAAUCCAAAAUUUGAUUGAUAUAAAAGUAGAUUGCACACAGCAGAUCCACUAUAAAUUAGAGGGACCGGUAGCAGGCAUUAAAGUGGUAGAUUGGGAUGGAGACAUACAGACUGCAACUUGUCACCCACCAACCCACCCAAACAUUCUACAGAUUUAUACCAGACUUGUCUUUAUCGUAGGAAAGGACAUUGCGGCCGUGCAGAGGACGAUUGUGGCUCUUGGCAGCAUUGCCGUUACCAAGAAUGAUGGACAAUACCAAGGAGACCCCUCGUGGUUCAUGAAGUAAGUAAAGGAGACUAAUCGGUCUAUAAUGUUAUACUUUAUAGAGAGUACAAACCGCAUGUUGUAGUGAAUUGAACACUGAACUUCAGUUCAGGCAAAAAAAAAUAAAAAAUACUUUUCGUGAGCUGAUCGUAAUAUUUGUUUCUAUUUUCUUUUUCGCAGGAAAGCGCAAGAACACAAACGGGAUUUCUCUGAUGAUAAACUGAAACAGGGAAAGCAUGUCAUUGGUUUGCAGAUGGGCAGCAAUCAGGGUGCCACCCAGGCCGGCAUGACGGGUUACGGACGUCCCCGACAGAUUAUCGGCUAAAUUUGAAACACGCGUAAGAGACCUUUUAACCUCUUUACUGCUGGAAGUACAUUGUUGCCCAGUGGUUUCAGCAGUGAAGGGGUUACACAAUGCAAUCAGAAAAACUACUUACCCCAGUGCACCCGCUAUUACGCCAAAGUGGGGAGAGGGGGAAAAAAAUUACUUUAAUCUAUCUUGAAAUAGGCAUCUGAUUUUUUUUUUUUUUUUUCACAAAAAGGGCUCUUUAUAAUUCUCUCUGUAACAAUAGAAGUUUAUUGUAACUGUCCUCACACAUCAUUAGUCCUAAGGAGAAAUUAAUAUUAAUUAAUUCAGCUAGCGGCAGACGGGAUUAAUAUUGGAUUUGUAAUCAUUAAACUGCCUGUGCAUGGCUGCUAACUCUGCCACAUUCCUGUUGUAGAAUGGGUAAACGGCGUCACGCAAGCCUAGAAUUCCUGCCUCAGGAUAGGAGGCAAGGUAGAUAGUCUGUCUUGUUUAUAAUCGAAACAAGCAACGCUUUUCCAUAUAUAGUCAGUCUGUAUUCAUCCUCUCUCCACUGCUAAAACUUUAUAGGAAUUAAUCAGACACUACCCUUUAUUCUCCCUACAGCAAUUAGCAAGAAAUCAUCCCAAUCAUCUAGCUUUUGUAGACUACUAUCCCUAUCAUCCUCAGACACUCAGACAGCAACUUGCUAGAACUAGCACCAGUGUUAUUGCGCCACGUUAAGGGUGACACAGAUUUCAGGACAGACUUGAAAAUUUAGACAAAGAAUGAGAGUUGGGGGGGAGGGGGAAACCAGUAGUUUCCAUUUCAGUUGAAAUGAAGGGCUCCCACCCCCCAAUCCGAAUAUUUUGUCCUAAAUUUUGUAAGUCGGUGCUCAAGUCGUUGCAGCUUGCCAUUUAGAGAAUAGACCCCUUUUCAGUGUUCCAGAAGUCCUGUACAUCAUUCCAUCUCUCUACACUUCCCUGCUCCAUUGCACCGCAUAUACACCUGACACUAAAAUCAUUCUUCCUUUACUGAAGUCUUAAAUCAAACAGGAUGUUUGCCUAGAACGUCGUUUUAAAAUGGAAAAAGAAACCAAUGUUUUGUACUAUUAAUUUUUUUUUUUUGGAUAAAAUAAACAUGUUUAAAUCAUUAGCAUUGUCGGACUUUUUGUUUUUUAUAUUGUAUGCAUCUUA